UUAGUUAACGCUGAUACAUUCCAAAACAGCAAAUGGACUAAGAAGCGCAGGAGAAACACAAACAACAGGAAAAGCCCAACGCGAGGCACAGGAAGAAGGAGCCACCUCAUUCCAGGGUUUCGUCAGUGGGAUCCCAGCCAGCCUUCCAGCUCACUUUUAUAAAGCUCCCCUGGGCAGCCCGUGCGGCCCUGUCCUCUGCGUGUUCCACAGCUGCUUCUGUGGGGCUGGCCCUGCUGGCUCACCCACCUGACAGUCAUGGCAAAGAAUGGACUUGUAAUUUGCAUCCUGGUCAUCUCUUUGCUCCUAGACCAGACCACCAGCCUCCGAUCCAAAUUGAAAACUAGGAAACACAGCAAACGCCGUGUGAAAGAGAAAGAUGGAGAUCUGAAGUCGCAGGUUGAAAAGCUGUGGAGAGAAGUCAACGCACUGAAGGAGAUACAAGCACUGCAGACAGUCUGUCUCCGAGGCACGAAAUUUCACAAGAAAUGCUACCUUGCUUCAGAAGACCUGAAGCAUUUCCACGAAGCCAAUGAAGACUGUAUUUCCAAGGGAGGGACCCUCGUGGUUCCCAGGGACUCCGAUGAAAUCAAUGCCCUCCGAGACUAUGGUAAGAGGAGCCUGCCAGGCGUCAAUGACUUUUGGCUGGGCAUCAAUGAUAUGGCCACGGAAGGCAAGUUUCUUGAUGUCAAUGGAAUGGCGGUCUCCUUCCUGAACUGGGACCGUGCACAGCCCAAUGGUGGCAAGAAGGAAAACUGUGUCCUGUUCUCCCAGUCAGCUCAGGGGAAGUGGAGUGAUGAAGUCUGCCGUAGUAGCAAGAGGUACAUAUGUGAGUUUACCAUCCCCUAAUGGCCCUCCCCAAAUGUGUCUUCCAAGCACAAUCAGUCAUGAUUUAUAGGCUGGUGGUCACCAAGGAUAAAUCAAAACUGUCACUAUUAAUUAAUUACAACACAAGUAUCAUUGCCCAUGGCCAUAUAACAAUUGGAUAAUUUGUCCCAAUGCUCCAUUGUGAUUUUGCCCUUUGGGCACAACAGAUCAGAAAAUAAGAAUCUAGCCAUCAGCCAUGGUACACUGUUAAAGUGACUUCUGCAAACAGAGUUAACAAAUUAUUUUUCUCUUUUCUUGUCCUACUCACUUGUAGAGACCUAGUCUGUAUUAAAAAAAAUACAACACCUUAUAUAUUUUUUCAAUCAAGAAAAGCAAGUUUAAGCGGCCUGGAAGAUUUUUCUCUGGAAAGUUUAAGGUAGUCAGCGACAGCAAUGCAUUCUGAGACAUGUGUCAUUAGAGAAUUUUGCUGUUGUUCAUUAGUUGGUUCUGUUACUAUAUAAACAUCCUUGUGUAUUCUUAUCAAACCUAGCUGGUCUGGGUAAAUCACUUGACAUGGACUUGAUGCAGUCAAGAGACACAGUCAACACAAGAUGUAGAAGGCAUCUGCUGUGACAUGGUAGACUGCAUGGCAGUAUAUUUUUAUACCUAGGAGUGUGCUUUAAAGCACAAGUAUACUAUAGUGUGUUAAUCAGCUUUCUGUCACUAAAAUAAAAUACCUGACACAGGCUACCACGGAGAGGUUGAUUCAGCUCACAGGUUUGGUGGCUUAAAGAUCAAGAUUGGGGAGCCCCAUUGGCUUGUUCUCUGGUGAGGGUGACAGAUUGCAGGACAUCAUAGUUGCAGCACAUGUAAAAGCAAAUUUCAAACCAGAGCAGAGCUAGGGAGAGAGAGAGAGAGAGAGAGAGAGAGGGAGAGAAGAGACAGGGAGAGAGGGAAAGAGGGACAGAGGGAGACAGAGGGAAGGAGAGAACGAGAAACAGGAUCCCACAGUCCUCUUCAGCAGCAGGACCCCAAUCAUCUAAGGACCUCCUAUAUGACAUUACUUCUUAGAGGUCCACAGCACCUCCCAAAACUCAAACCUACUACCCUGCAGAUAUUUGGGGGACAUAAUUAAGCCACCUCAAAUCAUUGCAUGUAGUAAAUACAUAAGCCAGCAAUGUAAUCAUUUACCAUUAUCAAGCAUAAGGUACUACCCUGUGUUGUUUUUAUACAACUGACAGGAGAGUAGGUUUGUUUCACAGUGCCACCAAGAAUACAUGAAUAGCAAGGUUACAUUCAUGUGCUUUGUGCUGAGGACCGCUCCAUCGCUAGGCAAUAGAAAUUUUUCAGUUCCAUUAUAAUGCUACGGGACCACCAUCACAUCAGCAGCCUGUCACUGAUUGGAAUGUGGUCAUGCAGUGCAUGACUGUAUAUAUUGGAUUGAUGGGAAUUCCCUAAGUCGAGAUUCUAGGUGCUACACAAUCCAAAAGCUUUCAGCCUGAUACUCCAGUUACACUAUCUCUUUGGCCUACCUUGCUGGUCCAACAUUCUUGAGUUGUUCCCUUCUCUAGCAGGGCUUGUAUCUUGCCUGCCACAUCAGGGCAAGGCUGUCUGAAGCAGUUCUGCUUUACUUCUGCAUUGUUCAAACUCCCCAAGUACAGCUGUCUUUGGAAGUUAGGGAAGGAUCCAAAAAGACACGACGAGGGAGCUGAUCAGUUUGCACUCUCAACAUUUGCUUACAACUUCUAAUUUAAAUGAGUAAUUCUAAGGCAGAAAAAGAGCCCAGAUUAUACACUGAAAUUGGGGAGGGGGGGAAGGUUACUUUUCCCUUGCUUUUUCAUCCUUACUGUCUUCCUUUAAAUGUGGUAGGUUUUGUUUUACUUUCUGUAUAUCCUUAUGUAUGUUUCAAAUAUGAUCAUAUAUUUAUAAGUCUAUUAAGCACAACCUAUCUUUGAAGUGGAAUGCUGGAUUUAACUAAUACUAUUUUACAGCCCCAUGUCUUUGCCAUGUGUUGUUCUGUCAAAUACAGUUUAGAUUAAAAUGCUUAAUGAGACUGUACAAAAUAACUUCAUUGCUUGAGAUGGAAUUGCAAACGUUAGGCUUGAGGGAAAUGGGCUUUUAGAACCAAAGAAUUCUACAUCAUUCUUGCCUCUCAAAUAAACAUCUUUUUUCAUUCCA